UGGAACAAAGAACCAAACUCUGGAUAAUUUGAUGCACCUUAAGGCAUUUAUCUGGCUCAGUAUUACGGUCUGAACUCAAUCAAUGGAAGGAGGCACUUAUGCAUAUCCUAUGCGAUCUCUCUCUCUCUCUCUCUCUCUCUCUCUCUCUCUCUCUCUCUCUCUCUCUCUCUCUCUCCUUCAUUUCACCUCCCAUCUCCUCCUCAAAUAUGUGCAAACCAAUCAGCAGGCGUCGCGAGGCAUCGAGCUCUCGUGCUCUGUCUGCCAGCAGCAGCAGAAACGCUCCUCUUAUCAAAGACACACGCAACUGGAGAACAACAUUCACUCACAGCCUCGAACCAUGGGUCCUGCCUGCUUCUCCUGGGACGUCUGUUUGCUUUUCCUUCUCAUAAAUACUUUCGAUGUCAUGGGAAAUGCUGGAGUCGCAGAUGCAGAUGAAUGCUCUGAAGCCACAGACGACUGCCACAUCGAUGCUCUGUGCCAAAACACUCCAAAAUCCUUCAAGUGCAUCUGCAAGACUGGUUAUAAAGGAGAUGGCAAGCACUGUGAAGACAUGGACGAGUGUGAGAACGACUACAACGGUGGCUGUGUGCACGACUGCAUCAACAUCCCCGGGAACUACAGGUGCACGUGCUACGACGGGUUCAUGCUCGCGAAUGAUGGGCAUAACUGCCUCGAUGUGGACGAGUGUCAGGACAACAACGGCGGAUGUCAGCAGGUUUGCGUGAACACGAUGGGCAGUUAUGAGUGCCAGUGCAAAGAGGGAUUCUUCCUGAGUGACAACCAGCACACCUGCAUCCACCGCUCUGAUGAUGGGAUGAACUGUAUGAACAAGGACCAUGGCUGUGCUCACAUCUGCAGAGAGACUCCCAAAGGCGGGGUGUCGUGUGAAUGCCGCCCAGGUUUUGAGCUGGCCGAAAAUCAGCGCGACUGCAAAUUGACAUGUAACUAUGGAAACGGAGGUUGCCAACACACGUGUGAUGACACAGAAACAGGGCCCGUGUGUGGAUGUCAUCAAAAAUAUGCCCUGCACUCAGACAGCAAGACCUGCAUUGAGAAAGAUGAGGCUGCAAUUGAGAGCUCUGAAUUCAAUUCCACGUCAGUAGCUGAUGUAGACAAGCGGGUGAAACGUCGUCUACUUAUGGAGACCUGUGCAGUAAAUAAUGGUGGUUGUGAUCGCACCUGUAAAGACACCGCCACUGGGGUGCGCUGCAGCUGUCCGGUGGGCUUUACCCUUCAACCCGACGGCAAAACCUGUAAAGACAUCGAUGAGUGUUUGGAGAAUAAUGGAGGUUGUGAUCAUUUCUGCCGAAACACAGUUGGGAGUUUUGAGUGCAGCUGUCAGAAAGGAUUCAAACUCCUCACCAAUGAGCGUACCUGUCAAGAUAUCGACGAGUGUUCCUUUGAAAGGACGUGCGAUCACAUCUGCAUCAACUAUCCGGGAAGCUUCGAGUGUGUGUGUCACAAAGGUUACAGCCUCUAUGGGUUUACACACUGCGGAGAUAUUGACGAGUGCAGUAUUAAUGAAGGGAGCUGUGAACACGGCUGUGUGAACACACAGGGCAGCUACGAGUGUCUGUGUCCUCCUGGAAAAAAACUCCACUGGAACAAGAAAGACUGCGUCGAGGCGGUAAAAUGCCUUUCCAAUGGGAAGCCGGCACCUCGUGCGCAGCUCAGCUGUACCAAGACAGGAGGAGGGGAGGUGUGCGCCCUGUCCUGUCCGUCAAACGCUCUCUUCCUGGCAGACUCCGAGAACAGUUACACUUUGAGUUGCGGUGUACCUGUCCAACCAGGUAAAGUUCCUACGAAGAAAAACAUCACUUCAACCAACAGUAGCUCUCUUCAGACCUGCACAGAGAUGCUGGCUCAGCCUGUAAAGCAGAAAGCACGCUUUAAAAUCAAAGACGCCAAGUGCCAUCUCAGACCCCGAAACAAAGAGAAACCCAGAGACAUGGGAAAGCAGGGCCUUCAGGCUGGUCAGUUCCCCUGCAACGAUGACUGUCAGGUGACAUUUGUAAAUCUGAAGUGCGAUUCCUCCAAAAAGCGUCGCCGUGGCCGCAAGUCUCCUUCUAAAGAAGUCUCUCACAUCACCGCAGAGUUUGAGAUGGAAAUGAAAGAAGAGGAAGCCUCAGAAUCAUGCAACGUGGACUGUGUGCGUGAGAAGACCAAACAGAGGCUGCAGAGCGCCAUGCGCACCUUGCGUAAAUCCAUCAGCAAGCAGCAGUUUUACAUUCAGUUUUCCGGUACGGCGUAUGAGGUUGCGCAGCGCACCGUGCGGCAGACGGACGAAAAUGAGGGGUGCAGUAUAGGACAGGUUCUUACUGACAGAAAAUGUGUCAGCUGCAGUGUGGGAACGUUUUACAGCGGAGAACAGGAGCAGUGCGUAGUAUGUCCUCCAGGAACCUAUCAGGACAGAGAGGGCCAGCUGUCCUGUGAGCCCUGCCCCACCACGGAUGGCCAGGGGAUCGAAGGAGCCAAGAAUGUCUCAGAGUGUGGAGGUCAGUGUCCUGCUGGUCACUUCUCCACUGAUGGGUUCCGGCCAUGCCAGCCAUGCCAAUUGGGCACGUUUCAACCUGAGCCCGGUCGUGUGCUGUGCUUCCCUUGUGGAGGAGGACUCAUGACCAAGCAUACAGGCAGCACAUCCUUCAGAGACUGUGAAGCCAAAGUUCAUUGCGCUCCUGGACAUCAUUAUAACUCCACCACACACCGAUGUAUUCGAUGUCCUGCUGGCACUUAUCAGUCUGAGUUCGGACAGAACUACUGUAUCACCUGCCCUGGAAACACCACCACAGAUUUUGAUGGAGCCACCAACGUUUCCCACUGCAAAAACCAGCUAUGUGGAGGUGAACUUGGAGAUUUCAUGGGUUACAUUGAAUCUCCCAACUAUCCUGGGGACUAUCCAUCAAAUGUGGACUGUGUCUGGACCAUAAACCCUCCAAACAAGAGGCGCAUUCUCAUUGUGGUGCCUGAGAUCUUCCUCCCUAUUGAGGAUGAGUGUGGAGACGUGCUUGUCAUGAGGAAGAGCGCCCUGCCAACUUCCAUUACAACUUAUGAGACAUGCCAGACGUACGAGCGACCAAUUGCCUUCACUUCCCGAUCCCGAAAGCUGUGGAUACAGUUUAAAUCUAAUGAGGGUAAUAGUGGAAAGGGAUUUCAGGUUCCAUAUGUCACCUAUGAUGAGGACUACCAACAACUCAUAGAGGACAUUGUUCGAGACGGACGACUUUACGCCUCAGAAAACCACCAGGAGAUAUUAAAAGAUAAGAAACUGAUUAAAGCUCUGUUUGAUGUUCUGGCUCACCCUCAUAACUACUUUAAAUACACCGUGCAGGAGUCAAAGGAGAUGUUUCCACGGUCAUUUAUUAAACUGCUACGCUCCAAAGUCUCUAGGUUUCUACGGCCGUACAAAUAGAACAAUUUUCCAUGAUCCCGAAUUUAUCUGCAUUUCUCUCCCUCUGUUGUUCCUCUUUUUUCUCCACUAUCUUCCAGAAGGCCUCACUGUGGCAGGAUGAGGAAAGCGUUUGGUCCUGUCUCAAAUUUUCUAUUUGUUUUCUACCUUGUUUUGUUUUGUUUUGUUCUGCUAUGUUUUUGUUUAAUAUUUAUGUGCUUUAUUUUGCAAAAGCCCCCUUUGGAUGUUUGAUAUACACAGUAUAUAUUUGUAUAUGUAUGUAUGUAUAUAUAAUGUGUGUGUGCACGUACAACAAUAUGGGAAGGCUUAUUAGGGCAUAUGAUGACACACUGUAAAAUAAAUGCAGCAUUUUUGUUCAAUUAACUUAUUUUUAUAAAUUGGGUAAGAGUGUGGAUAAUCCAUCUAGUGGAUAAUUACGGUAUUACAGAUUACCAUAAAAACUAAUCAGGAACAUGGUUUUUCAUGCAAAUGUUUUCUCUAAAUUGACAAGAUAACUCGUCAAUGGCGGGAAAUGAGUUAAACAAUUUCAACUUGUUUUAUAAGUUAUGUCAAAACUUAAAAUAGUAGGUUGCAAAUCCAAGUUGUUUUAACUUCAUGCUGCAUUUUUUUACAGUGAACAUACAGUACAGACACACACAGAUAUAUAUUGUUACUUUAAAAAGAUUAUUUUCAUGCCCCUAGUGUGCAUUGGGGUUUUUAAAUCCUGGGUGCACUUAAAUUUUCUCUUAUGACCUGUUGGAAUAUGGAAAACCACAAAAAAAAGACAAAGCCAGAACAUGUUAAGAGAGAAGACUACCUGUCAGUACGAGAGUUAGUUAUGUGUACGUUGUUUAACUAGUAUUUGGAGCUUCGAUUGCACUUGAAUUUUAUAUUGUAAACUUUAGAGAAAAUGGAAAUCUAAGUUACUUUUGUUGUAUAGAAAUGUUUUACCUUGGUUGUAGAAACAAGUGCUCCCGCAUGGAGCCUAUAUCUCUUAAAAGGAUAGUUUACCCAAAAAUGAAAAUUCAUCAUGUACUUACUCUCACGCUGUUAUAAACCUGUAUAAAUGUCUUUGUUCUGAUGAACACAUAGAAUGUUAUUUUGAGGAAUGUUUAUAAGCCAAACCGAUCAUGAGCCCCAUUCACUUCCAUAGUAGGACAAAGAAUACUAUGGAAGUGAAUGGGGCUUAUCAUGAAUGCUUUUUUUUACAAACAUUCCUCAAAAUAUCUUUCUUUGUGGCCAUCAGAACAAAUAGAAUUAUACAGGUAUGUAACCAAAUAACAUUUUGGGUGAACUAUCCCUUUAAAACAGAAAUGUCACGUCUCGUAAUAAUGAUCUGACUGUUCGUAAUAUUAAAAAAGUAGUGUGUUGACGUUCCUUCUGCUUCCCUUUGUCAUGUCUAAAGUCACUUGUUUCUUGUGAUGCAAUUGUAGUACAUUGCUUUCAUAUUGUUAACCAUCAAUGUUGUUGAGUUAUAAGGAAUGGCACGUUUCAAGUAAUGUAAAUGUGAUGAUUUUUGCUGGUUGUGCAGUCACUGCUGAAAGUAAUGAGAAAGAGACAGAUUUUGGAAUUAGAGACGUAUUCUGAUUUAAAACAAAUCUAUUAUAAUGACUUAUCACCUUUGUGCUGUGCACAAAGACACAUUUUUUUUUUUUUUUUUGCAUAUUUGUUGUUGGACUGUGGAUGAAAAGUUGACUGUGUUUACUGACAAGAACACAUACCAAAAGCAUGUGAAUGUCGACUGGCUUAAAACCUACCAAAUCAUUUCAUUUUCAGAUGUUUUUUAGUAGGGCUGUGUGUUUGUGUGCGUGUGUUUCUACAUGCAGUUCAGAUAAAGAGAGCAGUGAUAGUGGUGUUGUUAGGAUGAUAACUGGACAAUAUACCUGGCAUGAUUUUCUUCUGUAAUGCAUUGUCAUUUCGUAAAGCCUGAUCUCACAAACCUAUGCGUGUAUCAGAAAUGUGUGUCAGUCUGAGAUGAGUAACAAACACAGAGAUGUGCCAUGAAAUCCAAGUGACACAGUUAACACUGACUUUAAGUAUUUUGCAUUGUUUUGCAUAUAUAUAUGCAAAAAGCUGCUUUGUUAUAUGAGCACUUAUUAAUGCUUGUAUUUCUACCAUUUUUUUUAUAUUCACAAGCAGACAUGGAGACACACACACAUCAUUAAGCACACAAUAUACCGUACACACUAAUGCGCUUGUGAGAUAACACAUGGGUUGUCAUUUUCAUUGGUAUUUUAUUAUUUUUGGUAAUUAAAACAUUGGCAUUGGACUGUUUAAGAGACUGUUAAGGUUAGGAAGAAUGUAUGAUGUGUUAAAUUGACUACAUAUACACACACACACUUUGGCCCCUAGAUGGAUAAAGUGACUAAUACUGCUACUGGUGUGGACUUGUAGCUUUGUGAAAACAGAUAUGUAAAUGAUGUACAAAUGUUAGGUUUGUUUUGUUUUUUAUUAAGUUAAUAUUUACAGUAGUGGCAGUGUUCAGGAAGGCUCUGUUGAACAGUUUGCUUACGGUCAUGCUGAAGACCUUGUUUUUAAAGCAAGGCAGCGCAAGAUGAAUCCCAGAAGUUGUGAUAUGUGGAGGGGAAAGGAAACAAUUGUUAAAAUCUCACUUUAUUAAUAAAUCAUCAAAUCUCA